AUAUAUAUAAGGUAAAACUGGGUUUGAUUGAUUUGGUAAGUUUGGCUUGGCUUAGAUUGAAUUCAGUUUAGUAACUGUUAUAUGAGGCACUGAGGGCCAAUGCACCAAAAAUUGCCACAGUGGGUUACAGGGGUAGCUCACGGCUUCUUCCAGAAUAUGGAUCAUUUGUAGAUAAAACAAUCAGCAUGUCCACAAGAUUUAAGGCUGAGCUUCACCUACUUUUUUCCUCUCUGGUUAUCUUCAUAUUAAAAAUCUUUGUUAAAUGAAUUUUUCAAAAAUCAUUAAAAGAUUGUGAUCGUGAUUAGGAUAAUACAACUGCUGCAGCCAGUUUUGCUCAGAAGGAACUUUAUUAUGUAGCAGUACUUCUGAAAUCUUUUAUUGUUUUGUGCUGGUUGAUGUAAUAGAUAAGCCUGUAUGAUAAAUGGGCCUAUUCAUGAUUUAAUUAUUUUCUUGAUUCAUGUAUAUGAUCAAAAAGCUCUACCCAAGAGCUUUAACUUGGUGUAUUAUAAGGAAGCUGCAUGAUCUCAAACUUCAAUCUUCAUGUACUCAAAAAUAUGGUACUGGCUUGUUUCCUCUCUGCCGCUCAGUGUCUCAUAUUUUUCCUCUUUCCCAGACUUCUUUAUCCUUCUCUUCUUCUCUUCUUUUACUUCCUCCCUCUCACCCCCCUCCACCCCCACAGGAAACUGACGACGUGAUCUCAGAGCUAAACCUUCAGGAGGAGGAUGUGAUGCUGGGCCAGGGAACACUGCGGCCUGACCUCAUAGACUCCGCCUCUGCCCAGGCUAUCAAGACCCACCACAACAACACUGACCUCGUGCGGGAGUGGUGGGCGAAGGGUCGAGUGGUGGAGCCCCUCAGGGAUUUCCAUAAGGAUGAGGUGGAUGGCAGGGGCACAAUCAGGGAAUGAAAUAGGUGCGUUAAAUCACCAGAGAUCUUGGGCUGCUGGAUGAGUUUGUGCAGCGCCAUCCGUUCCCCGGCUGGGGCCUGGCCAUCUGCAUGUUGUGUGCCGAGGAGCCUUGCAUGGAGGAGAACUUCUCUGCGACCCAAGUCAUACUCAGAGUCGUGGUGGACUAUGCCGCCAGUGUGCUGAAGCAUGGCGGGGAAGCACGAUGCAGGGAAGGGGAAGAAGGGAGGAGGGAAGAACGCCGACAAGAAGGGAGAGAAACCGAAGAAGAAGUCCAAGAAGAAAUUCACCAAGGACUCGUCUGGAGGAGGCCGUGUACAUGUUGAUAUCCUCGGAGAAGUGGCCAUGAGGAACGCCCUGUAUAUAUGCCAUAGUGUGCAGGAGUUGCUUUUCUGGCGAGGCUACCAGUGGGCGCCGGGCGGGAAGAAGGCGAAGAAGGGGAAGAAGGGGAAGUGAGGAGGAGGAGGAGGAGGGGGGAAGGAGGGGAAGUGAAGAAGAGGAGGAGGAGGGAAGAAGGGGAAGUGAGGAAGAGGUGGAGGAGGAGGGGAGGGUGAAAAGUGGAAGAAAGAAAAUUAAGUUAAGAGGAGGACUAAAGGAAAGUGGAAGACGUAGGCGAGAGAGAGAAAGGGAAGUCAAGAGGAGGAGGAGGAGGAGGAGGAAGGAAGAAGGGGAAGUGAGGAAGAGGAGGAGAAGGAGGGGAGGGUGAAAGGUGGAAGAAAGAAAAUGAAGUUAAGAGGAAGACUAAAGGAAAGUUACAGACGAAGGCGAGAGAAAGAAAGGGAAGUCAAGAGGAGGAGGAGGAGGAGGGGAGGGUGAAAGGUGGAAGAAAGAAAAUGAAGUUAAGAGAAAGACUAAAGGAAAGUGGAAGACGAAGGCGAGAGAAAGAAAGGGAAGUCAAGAGGAGGAGGAGGAUUGAUAGAAAGGGAAAAGGGCAAAGAAAGAGGAGAAAGGCAAAUAAAAAGAGGAAUGAUAGAAGUUGAAAGAAAGCGAAAAAGAGGAAAGAAAGGAAGAAUAUGAUAAAAGGAGGGGGAAGAAAUUAAGGAAAGGAGCUGAAAGAAAGCGAAGAAGGAAAAGAGGAGGAGGUGGGGGACUGAAAGACAUUAGGGGAAAGUGAAAGAAGAAAGAAAGCAACAAAUUAAGGAAAGGAAAGGGGAUCGAGGAGGACU